AUGGGGGCCGAUCAGGUGAGGAGAAGCGGGCCGAUCUUCCAAGUAAGAAAGCUUGCAAAAACCGGAGAGAAAGAAUGGUACUUCUACUGCCCGAGAGAUAGAAAGUACAGGAACAGCACAAGGCCAAAUAGAGUGACCGGGGCUGGGUUUUGGAAGGCCACAGGCACAGAUAGACCCAUCUACUCCUCUGACCAAAACAAGUGCAUCGGCCUCAAGAAGUCCCUCGUCUUCUACAGAGGCCGGGCCGCGAAAGGCGUCAAGACUGACUGGAUGAUGCAUGAGUUCAGACUCCCAGCUACUUCCUCUCUAGUCUCUCUUCAUCACCAUCACUCGGCCACCUCCCUCUUCAAGGAUUCAUUGGCCAUCUGUAGGAUCCUCAAGAAGACCAACUCGGUGGCGCAGAGAGCUGUCUCCCACUCCAACUGGGUCUCCUCUGAAGCAAUGACGACGACUCCGCCGGACUUCCACCGCCUCCUACCCCUUCCAAACUCCACCCAUGGCCAUCACCACGCUGUCGUCCCCUUCGUCUCCGACCACAUCAUGACCCAGCCUCCAACACCCUCACACUUGAUCAGUUGCACCAACGCCCGCUUCUCCUCUCAGUCUGCUGGAAUGCUGAUCGGUCAGCAAGACCGAUCAGCAUUCCUGCUGAUCGGUCAACAGACCGAUCAGCAGGAAGUGAUAUGUGUGCGUUGGAGUUGGGUUUUAUUACUGGAGCGGAGAAACGCACGUGCUUAG